CCCGUCCUGGAAAAAAAGCCAAAAUACAUAAGAAAGAUUUAUUUUUUAGCCUCAAAAUAAUAAACAAAGAAUUAACUUUAAAAGGACAUUUUUGUUUAGGAAAAUUAAAUCAGAGGAUGGGAGUUCCCCUCAAAACAAGCAGGAAAUGAGGAGGAAUGAGAAAAUAAGGGACAAUUUCUUGAAAAUCCUAACAUGCAGGGAUUGAGGGUUUUUUCUUCUCUGGAGUAAAUGCCACAAAAUAACCCUAAAACUAAGGGAAGUGGUGGAGGAUUUGGGUUUUGGUGUUGUUUUUUUUUUUUUUGGGGGGGGGCCUGUUGCUCAGCAGAGAAGAAACUCAGAAUCCCCCAUCCUGAAAUUCCUGAAAUUUACUAUUUUGGAGUAAAAAACCUCCUGUGAAGUGAUGAGGGAUCCAGAGGUGUCUCCAGAACCCCAAAAUUAUUCGUAAAGAGGCUUGUCUGUGCUUAAGAAAAAAAAAGAAAGAAUCUGGAGGAGCCAAAAAUCCAAAACCCAUGAACUCAAAUACCCCUUUCUAAAAAAUCCUGGGAGAGCUCAGAGAGCUUGGGUGGGCGGGAAGUUGGCAAAUUCCCUGUUUCCGUGCUUUUUUGAUAAAAGAAGGAGCUGGAUGAGGCAAACCCCAGCAUUUUUGGGUGUUUGAGCUCAUUUUCGGGCCCUGGUUCUUCUAUUCAUCGGAACCCAGGGUCGAGGAUGUUACCCUCCAGUGUUUUCCUCCUCCUGAUUUUGGGAUCUGUUGUGGACACCAAAACCUCAUUUGAAAAAGGGUCCCUACUCUAUCCCUACGGACCAGACCAGGGGGACCAGACGAAUCCCAAACAUGAUGAUGGGACAUCUGAGAGGAUCGCCCUCUUCGUUCCCUUCACCUUCUAUGGCAAAACCCAUGAAGCUCUCUUUGUGAACAACAAUGGGGUGAUCUCCUUUGAUGAACCUGUCAGAGAAUACACCCCCGACCCCUUCCCACUGGCGGAUGGGCGCUCCUUUGUGGCCCCUUACUGGGCAGAUGUGGACAAUGUGCUGGGUGGGGAUAUCUUCUACCGCCAGACCACCAACGCAGUGCUGCUUGGGGACAUUAGCCGGGACAUCAACCAGUACUUCCCCAAAACCCUCUUCACUGCCACCUGGGCCUUUGUGGCCACCUGGGACCACGUGGCCUACUAUGGCUCCACCUCCACAAAGGGCAACACCUUCCAGGCUGUCCUGACUACUGACUCCAAGACAUUCUUCAUCAUCCUAAACUACUGGGACAUCCAGUGGACCACAGGAGCGGCGAGUGACGGGGAUGCUGAAACGGGGCUCGGAGGGAUUGCAGCACAUGUAGGUGGGAAGGGGAGGAGGAGAACAUUGUCCCACUCCAUCUUCUGGGGAUGAUGAUGAAGAUUAGGGAUUGGCCCAAAAUAUUUUUAAGGGGAAGUCUAGGAUGUCUUGUCCCAUUUCUGGAGAUGAUGAUGAAAAUUAUGAAGGUCAGAGGUUGGCCCAUCCUAUCUUCUGGGGAUGAGGAUGAUGAAGGUCAGAGAUUGGUCCAGUCCAUUGUCCAGAGAUAGUUAUGAUGAAUAUCAGAGAUUGGCCCACAGUGAUUUGGGGGGAGGUUGAGGUUGUCCCCUCCAUCUUCUGAAGAGGCUCAUCAUGAUGGUGAAGGUCAUGGAUUUGGUCCAUAACAUUUUGGGGGGCCACCGAUGGUCAAUGCUCACCUCCCAACAUAAUUU